CUUUUUAAACUCUUCCCAAUACUAGUUGGACGUAUACUUUGCGACUUACAACAUGCAAACAAUCGAUUCAAAAGCCAAUCUUUCGACGGUCUCGGAUAUCAUCACUGCCCUGCAGACUAUCCUAUGUUCACGAGCAAUUCCUGAUAUGCCUGAUCUCGAAACCCCAUACUCCCGAACCACAUUCAACAAUCCCAAUCACUGUGCAAUUGAGCUCGAAGACCAGAGCAUCAAUGCCAUUAUCACCGAACGUCAACACCAGCUAGACAAAGUUUUGCAUGACAUCUUGGGUUUACAAACAGUCACGGAUGGUAUUCACACUCUUCAGGUCGAGCAGAAGAACAAGAUCAUUGAAUCCAUCAAUUUGCACAAGAGGCUCGUAUCACCUCUUUGGCGCUUGCCAACUGAAGUCCUGUCCUAAAUAUUUUGUCACUGUCUCCCGCCAAUUCAGAAUCUCGAUGGAUUGCAGCCACCAUCAAAGCUGACCACACUUAUGUUGUUAACCAGAAUAUGUCGACGGUGGAGGGAGGUUGUUGUGGGCAUGCCCAACUUGUGGUGCGUGCUGUCUGUGGAAGUUGACG